GAGCUAGCGCUAGCUCCCUCAGAUAUAAACGUUGCUGGCAGGAUGACCAGCCUGCCCCGGCUAAUGUGAGCCCAAGGGCUCCUCAGCCACUGUGUUCCUGUCCUGGGGCUGCAGCACCACAGCGCAGGGUGUGGCAUGUCACAGAGGGAGGCUGGAGAGGCACUGGCCAUGCCAGCAGUGGGGCCGAGCCCAGCCAGGGCCACGCCACGGUUGCUAGCAGGCACUGACAGGAAGAGGAGCCGCCUGAACAGGACAGGGCAGGACCUGUGGGAAGAGACCGGCUGGAGCCACCAAAGAUGGAGCAGAGCUGCGCCUAGCCCGCGAGGGGCCAGGGCCAGGAGCCUGGCUCGUGGCCGGAGCGAGGCCAGUCCUGAGAAUGCUGCGCGGGAGCGGAGUCGGGUGAGGACGCUGCGCCAGGCCUUCCUGGCCCUGCAGGCCACUCUGCCUGCCGUGCCGCCUGACACCAAGCUGUCCAAGUUGGAUGUGCUGGUGCUGGCCACCAGCUACAUAGCCCACCUCACCCGCAUGCUUGGCCAUGAGAUGCCUGGCCCUGCCUGGCCACCCUUCCUGCGUGGACUCCGUUACUUACACCCUCUCAAGAAGUGGCCAAUGCGAUCUCGCCUCUAUGCCGGAGGCCUGGGAUGCUCUGGCCUGGACUCCACCACAGCCGCCACCUCGGGACAAAGAGCAAAGGAGGCAGAGGCUGGGCCCCAAGUCUCUGGAGAGGCAAAUGCUCUUCUUCCCACCAGGCCUGUCUCACCAGCAUCUGCUGACAAGUGAUCAUCACAGUUGCCCUUUUCUCCUGGACUGUGACCCGAGCUUAGGGACCUGGAUUCUCUGUCAGUUCAUUUU